AUGCCCAACUCAACCUCAGAAACACACAACAUGACUAUCAACGGCUCUGCUUCUAACAACGUCGUCCUCAUCACCGGCGCAGCCGGCUGGCUCGGCGGUAUCCUCGGCGACGCGCUGCUCGCCGACGACCCCUCGACCCAGCUCAUCCUCGCCGACAUUGUCGAGCCUCGGCCGCCCAAGGCUGCUCCCAACGCCGUUACCAUCAAGGCCGAUCUGUCGGACACAGCCGCCAUCGAUGGACUCUUCACCACCCGCCUCGGUGUGCCCGGCACCAUCUACUGCCUCCAUGGCAUCAUGUCCCGUGGAUCCGAGGACAACUUUGACUUGGGGAUGCGCAUCAACGUCGACAGCAUCCGCGCGGUUCUGAACCGCGCUCGCACCGAGGCCGAGAACGGCGUCCCUCCCAUCAAGUUCAUCUUCACCUCCUCCCUUGCCGUGUACGGAGGACCGCUCCCCGACGUUGUUGGGCCAUCAACCAUCGCCACGCCAGAGGGCUCCUACGGCUGCGGCAAGCUCAUGAGCGAGCUCCUUGUCAACGAGUACACCCGUCGCGGUUUCGUCGACGGCCGUAUCCUCCGUCUCCCCACAAUCGUCGUGCGGCCCGGUCCUCCUUCCAACGCUACCUCUGCGUUCAUCAGCGGCAUCAUCCGUGAGCCCCUCUCUGGUCAGGAGGCCGUGUGCCCUGUCGGCGACAGCCUGUCCUCGUCUGCCCUUGACGAACUCGCGGCGUGGGUCGCGUCGCCCGAGACCACCAUCCGCAACUUUGUCAUUGCGCGCCACGUCCCUGCCGACAAGUUCCUCCCCCACACCCGCGCCGUCUACCUUCCCGGCUUCACCACCACCGUCCGCCAGGAGCUCGAGGCCCUCCGCGAGGUUGCAGGCGAGGAGGCUCUCAAACUCGUCACGUUCAAGGACGACCCUACCAACCGCCGCAUCGUCGGCUCCUGGCCCGCACGCUUUGACAACUCGUACCCCGUCGGCCUCGGCUUUGUCGCCGACGAGGGAGGCAUGGUUCCCAUCGUCCGCCGCUUCCGCGAGCAGCUCGGGUCAGCGGCCAAGUUCUAA